AACACACAGUUCGGAGAAGGAAGGGGUGCUGCGUCACUAGGGAGUUUGCUUCUCAGUGUGGAGUUCUUCGCAGGGGAACUUGGAGGGGUCCGUUGUUUGUUGACGGUCUUGAUGUGAAAACCUGGAGGCGACCAAAGACAUAGCUACUCAAGAGCUAACAAGGGAAAGGAAGUCCGUCGACUGUUCGGCAGCUAGAGCGACUAUUAAGCUCUAUCUUGAGUCUGAGUCCAAAUAGCAAAGGCUCCUUAGUCAAUUGGUUCCUUCGGAGCUCGUCAUUAGCUGCAGCAAAUAACUCGCAUUUUAAGAGUCCUAAGAGUCCUGUCCCGUUCGGUUCUAAGCUCAAGACUUAAACAGGAGAGUUAUCCGGAGAGACAAAGGCCACUCUCAGAUCUGCAUCGUCAAGGUUUAAAGUGGACGGAUCAAUAGAAUCUCUUGGGGUCUCUUUGUGAUAGGUGAAGGCGAUUUUUGGACGACGUUUAGAAUACAACCAGGAACAAGGAUGAGGCGAUUACUGUGCAUGGCUUGUCUUCUUGUGGUAUUAACGGAGGUUUGUGGCCAGGGAUUCGAACCAGGAACCUUUCCCAUGGAAGGAUGUAUCCCAGGAUGGUCUAACUUCGGUAAAUACUGUUACAAAUUUUUCAACCGACGAAUGAACUGGCUCCAAGCACAAAGAGAAUGUAAUAAAUAUACUGCCAUCAAUGGCACGACCCCGAAAGGCUACCUGAUGACGUCAAAAGACAUGCAACAUAAUCGCUUUCAGCACAACUGGCUUCGUUACACUGGAGGUGGACUCAACAAAGUAUGGCUUGGACUCUCCGAAAAGACAAACAACAACUACUUCUGGGCUGACGGAACCCCUCUCCUACCAAACCAUUGGAAUAAAUGGAAAGUCGAUCAACCUCAACUAAACGCUCAUAUCCAGGCGGUCCAUACAUUCGAUAAUACGGCUGAUAUGACCUGGGUGACGUCAUUCUAUAAGACUGACAUGACCUUUAUCUGUCAGUAUCAAUACAAGGCCUAGGUCAAUGCAGUUUCUAUUUGUAAAUGUUUAAUCCAACCUCGUUUAUAGUUGGAAGCAUCUGAUAAAGUUACAGUAAUUGUAAACAAAGAAACACAAAACAAAACGAGUAAAACUAUGUUCAAUAUUGUUUAAAGAAGGUAAAAAUGUUUUGGGGAAAACAUUUUGUCCCAUAUUAGGCAAAAUGCGUAUUUCAUGUGUAAAUUCCAACAGAAUAUAUGGAAAAAUUCAUCGUUUUACCACACAAUCAAAUUUGUUCGCUUUUUACCCAAUAUUGUAAACACUUUUUAAAGUAACGUACUGGGAUUGGGUUUUCUCAGCUGGGAUACAUUAAUUGGCCGGUAUAAAGCACACCAAAUUAGUGCUUCCACUCUUCAUUAUGAAAGUACACUGACAUAUUCAAUCAAUUUCCGGAAAUGUCGUGAUAAUAUCCAAAUGGGUUUUUCCCAUUUUUUCCCCUUAAUUUGGAGGGAGGUCAUUGUAUGAAAUAAAGCCUAAAAACGCCCUAAUAUACAACCCCAGAGACAAACAUAUAAAAAUGCUUAAAAGUAAUACAUAUACAACGGAAGGGAUACAAUAUAUUCAUCACCUCAUCUAGCGUCUAUAAAGCCGAGUUGUAAUCGUCAUUUCUUUCUUCAUCAUGAACUUUUGCCUUUCAAAAGAAUAUAUUAACCUCAAAUUUAUUUGACCAAAACUAUAUAUUCUAAUGAUUCUCAACAGUCUAUUGCUUUCAUUUUGUCAGAGAAUUUCAGCACUUGUAUCUGAUAUAAAGUUUUUUUUGUAAAUCUUUAUUUCUUUG